AGGAGUUUUGUACAUAUAGAAUGUGAAACACGUCGUAUUGCGUUAUUAGACGAUAACCAUUAGUUAUUAGGGUCGAUUGACAAGAAUAACUCGACGUAAGGACCAUGUUAAAAGACUCGUUAGAGUGUGCGUGCGUAUAUACAAUAGUAAUCACGGUCUUCCGAACGUCGUUGUUCAUCGUUAUUCACGGACUCUAGACGCAUCAAGAGUGUCAGAACAAAUUUACUUUUACUAACAGAUCUUUUGAUGCUUGUCCUUGAUAUCGUUUACUCUAUCGAAGGCAAUAUUCGCUCUUAUUCUUAUCAAUGUAUUGAGUGACAGCAAUGAAGUUGAUGCAUUUUUUACUUUGGCAUUAUCUUGCAUAGUGUAAAAUGAGGGCAAACAAUACGAGUCGAUACAACGACGAAGAUUUUUUCAGCGAUGGUGGCCCUUGCCCAACUUGUCGACUUGCUAUUAACGAAGAAACCGGUAGACUAAAAUGGUGCACAGAAGGCGAUGAUACUUGGCGAUUUCGCGUUAGAUUAAUGUUAUUGAUUCCUGCGGUGUUAUUACCGAUCAUUAUAAUUUUCAUAGCUUUAUCGCGAUCACAAAUUACCGAUAAAUUAGCUCAUCACCGUACAUUUAGUCCGAUUCGCAAUUCUCAAGAACAGACGAAGAAUAAUUUUGUUGAAAAUCAUAAUGCCUUGGUCCGAUCAUCCGAGAGCAAAGAAAUACAGCAAUCUCUUGAUGGAAAUGAAGAUGAAGAUGAAAUUCGUAUCUCCGAAAUUCAGACAAGUUACGUACCGCCAAACGUUCAUUUUUUAAUACAAUCUUCGAAACGACGCAAGAGGCAUACGGAUGCGGAAACGACGUUGAAAAAGAGUAACGAUUACAAUGCUAUCAAAUCGAUCGAUGAAAUACGCGAGAGAAUCCUACCUAAGGAAAACAAACAAAUAGUUAUAGCUAGUGGUGGGGUCACUCAGAAAAAGCACAUCGCAGGUACGUCGAACGACGAAAUGGAUUAUUUUCUACUUGAUUAUAAUCCAGAAUUAGAAUUUGACGAGCCCUAUGCAUACAGCGAUAUACAGGAUUAUGAAGAUUACUCGAAAGAGGAAAAGACAGCUGCGGAAGAGAGAGAACAAUUAGAUUUCAAAUCAUCGAAUCAAAAAUAUCGGAACAUUAAGGAUGAGAGGGAUGAACGAUCGCACGAACGGAUGAUCGAUCAUACCGAGCGAAUUAGCACUUAUUCCGUUUCUAUUGGCAACGUUUACAGAAGAUGGCCUGAUAAUUACGAUCAUCGCAAUAAACACGAUUCAACAGAUUUCCAUGCUUUUUGGAAAGACGAAGGCAACGCGAAAAGCAUCAGAGAGGCCCAAGCAAAAAUAAUGUUAGAAUAUAUGGAUAAAACUGCCAAUCCGUGUCACGAUUUUUAUCAAUACGCUUGUGGAAACUGGGAAAAACGUAAUCCCAUUCCAAAGGACAAGGCAGCCUACGAUACCUUCGAGAUGUUAAGAGAAUCGUUGGAUAUUGUUUUGAAAGAAUUGCUCGAAGAUGAAGUUCCACCUAACGUUCAAUUAAAUACCGACGAUGCAACGGUCAAAGCAAAGUAUCAUUUUCAGAGUUGUAUGAAUUACGAGAUCUUGGAGCAGCGUAUGGAACAGCCGGUGCUACAACUUUUAGAGGAACUCGGUGGCUGGCCUAUCUUGAAACCUGAUUGGGAUGCCGAUAAAUUUGACUGGUUGCUUUUGGUCGCACAGUUGCGUCUAUACAAUAAUAAUAUUCUUAUUUCCGAAUGGGUUGGUCCAGAUAUUAAAAACAGUGACCAAUAUGUUAUACAGUUUGAUCAAACGUCCCUUGGUCUUCCUACAAGAGAUUAUUUUCUUCAACCGUCGAAUAUGAUUUAUUUGAAUGCUUAUAAAAAUUAUUUCAUUAAAAUUGUAACCCUUCUUGGUGCUUCUUUGCAAAAUGCUACUGUUCAUGCAAAUCAAUUGAUAGAAUUUGAAACAAAACUCGCAAAGAUUACAUCUUCGCCGGAUGAAAGGCGAAACGUUUCUGAGCUUUAUCAAAAAAUGACCAUUGCUGAUUUGAUAUCGAUUGUCCCUCAAAUUGAUUGGCACAAAUAUCUAUCGAUCGUUUUAGCUCGGCCUGUGGAUAAUUCUGAAUCGGUUGUUGUAUUUGCGCUACAAUACAUUCAAGAUUUGGUCUAUUUACUCUCAGAAACCGAACCAAGAACUAUAGGAAAUUAUCUUUUAUGGAGAUUCGUACGACACAGAGUAAACAAUUUAGACGAUCGAUUUCAGGAAGCUAAACAAAAUUUUUAUUAUAUUCUCUUUGGAAUAGAACAAGCUCCUCCUAGAUGGAAGAAUUGUGUAUCACAGGUCAAUGCCAAUAUGGGUAUAGCCGUUGGUUCAAUGUUCGUUCGAAAGUAUUUUGAUGAAAAGAGUAAGAAUGACACAUUAUCCAUGACACGAGAGAUACAACAAUCGUUUAGGGAAUUAUUGAAUCAAACUUCGUGGAUCGAUAAAGAGACGAAACGAUUGGCUAGCGAAAAAGUUGAUGCUAUGCUUUUAAGAAUUGGUUAUCCAGAUUUUAUAUUGCAACCAUAUUUAUUAAAUGAACGUUAUAAAGAUGUUGUAAUCCAUCCAGAAAAAUACUUUGAAAAUACGUUAAAUAUUUUACAACACUUGACAAGAGUGGAACAAGAUCGUCUUGGGAAUUCAGUUAAUAAGACUUUAUGGAAUACCGCACCCGCAGUCGUCAAUGCCUAUUACAGUCGCUUCAAAAAUCAGAUAAUGUUUCCAGCGGGCAUACUACAGCCGCCCUUUUAUCACAGAUACUUUCCAAGGAGCUUGAAUUACGGAGGAAUCGGUGUAGUGAUAGGCCACGAAAUUACUCAUGGUUUCGACGACAAAGGGAGAUUAUUCGAUAAGAAUGGUAAUCUACACAGAUGGUGGAAGAAUGAAGAUAUUAAUGGCUUUCACGAAAGAGCAAAAUGUCUUAUUGGUAAAAUAUUCAUUGACCAAUAUAGUCGCUAUACAGUAAGCGAAGUUGGCGCACAAAUCAAUGGCAUGAAUACGCAAGGAGAGAAUAUCGCCGAUAAUGGUGGUAUCAAACAAGCAUUUAGGGCUUAUGAAAGAUGGUUGUAUUUAAAUGGCGACAAGGAUGAGACUCUGCCUGGUAUCAGCGCGACCGGAAAACAAUUGUUCUUUUUAAAUUUUGCUCAAGUUUGGUGUGGUUCAAUGAGACCAGAAGCUGCUAAAAAUAAAUUAAGAACUGCUGUCCAUGCUCCUGGAAAAUUUCGCGUGAUUGGUACGUUGUCAAAUUCAAAGGCUUUCGCGGAAGUUUUCCAUUGUCCUCUUGGUACACCUAUGAAUCCUGUCAACAAAUGUUCAGUUUGGUAACGUAGCAGUAGACAAUUAUCCAAAGUAAAUUUUCAAAAUAGAUCAUAGAUUGCUUUUAUCAAUAUAUCAAUAUAUUUUGCAAUAAGUUAUCCUUUAUUCAAUGGGAAAUAUAUUUAUUAAUUCGAUGUAGUUCGCGUUUAUUUUAGAAACCAAAUGAAUGUUAAAUUAAAAGAAGAGUAAAAAAACAAAUAGAAAAAAAAAUAAGCAAGUUUUCUUUUACAUUUCAUUAGAAAAGCAACGAAAUCACUUAUUUUAUGUCUUC